AUGUUUAAACAGUCUAAUGUAUUGCUUCAGAAGGUGGUGUACAAUGUCAAACCGUACGCCAACAUGUUGAAGGACCCUUCUACUAAGUAUGCGGCUUUCAAAGGUGUCAAACUUCCUAAUAGAACCUGGCCUAAUAAGGCUGUCACCAAAGCACCAAGAUGGCUUUCCACCGACUUGAGAGAUGGAAACCAGGCUUUACCUGACCCUAUGUCUGUUACUGAGAAGAAGGAGUACUUCAAGAAGUUGAUCGAGGUGGGAUUUAAAGAGAUCGAGGUGUCUUUCCCAUCUGCUUCGCAGACUGACUUUGACUUCACUCGUUACGCCGUGGAGAAUGCUCCUGAUGACGUUGCCAUUCAGGUUUUGACCCAGUCCAGAGAGCACCUCGUGAGAAGAACCGUGGAGUCCGUGACCGGAGCUAAAAAGGCCAUUGUUCACAUUUACUUGGCCACAUCUGACGUGUUCCGUGAUGUCGUGUUUAACAUGUCUCAGGAACAGGCCGUGGCCAAGGCUGUGGAGACUACCAAAUUGGUCAGAUCUUUGACCAAGGAUGACCCAUCCAAGCAGGAGACCGAGUGGUCGCUUGAAUUCUCGCCAGAGUGUUUCAGUGACACUCCUACUGAAUUUGCUGUGCAGAUCUGUGAAGCCGUGAAGGAGGCCUGGGAGCCAUCCGCCGAGAACCCUAUUAUUUUCAACUUGCCGGCCACUGUUGAAGUCGCCUCUCCUAACGUUUACGCAGAUCAAAUCGAGUACUUUUGCACCCACAUCACUGAACGUGAGAAGGUCUGUGUUUCCGUCCACCCUCACAACGAUAGAGGCUGCGGUGCUGCUGCUGCUGAGUUGGGUUUGCUUGCGGGUGCCGACAGAGUUGAGGGCUGUCUUUUCGGAAACGGAGAGAGAACAGGAAAUGUCGACUUGGUCACCGUGGCCUUGAACAUGUACACCAACGGUGUUUCUCCCGAGUUGGAUUUCUCCAACAUGGAGGAGUUGAUUGAUGUUUCAGAGAGAUGCAACAAGAUCCAGGUCCACCCAAGAGCUCCAUACGGAGGUUCUCUCGUGGUUUGUGCCUUCUCUGGUUCUCACCAGGAUGCUAUUAAGAAGGGUUUCCAGAAGGCCGAGGAGAGAUACGCCAAGGGUGACUACAUGUGGAAGAUUCCUUACUUGCCAUUGGACCCUAAGGACAUUGGUAGAAACUACGAGGCAGUUAUUAGAGUCAACUCUCAGUCUGGUAAGGGAGGUGCAGCCUGGGUGAUCUUGAGAUCCUUGGGCUUGGACUUGCCUAGAACUUUGCAAGUGGAGUUCUCGUCCAUUGUUCAGAAUGAAGCUGACAGAGUUGGCAGAGAAUUGAAGACCGACGAGAUCAACGAUCUUUUCCAGAAGCGUUACAUGUACCUUGGUACCUCCACCAUCGCUCUUGAGGACUACCAGACCACUAAGAACAAGUCAGAAAACAACAACCGUGAGAUCACUGCAGACUUGAUUGUCAAUGGUGAGAAGGUUCAAAUUUCUGGUAAGGGUAACGGACCUAUUUCUGCUUUUGUUGAUGCUGUGGCCAAGCAGUUUGGCACUUUGUUUGAGGUUGUGAGCUACAGCGAGCACAGCUUGGGCUCAGGAACCCAGGACAAGGCUGCCACUUACAUUGAGGUUUCUUAUGUCAACUCUGAGGGUGUGAAGACCACCAGAUGGGGAUGUGGUGUUGACUCUGAUGUCAGCGAGUCUUCCUUGAAGGCUAUCAUUGCCAUUCUCAACCAGUUGAUUAAGACCGGAGAGCUCACCGUUUAG